CGCCCAUCUAUUAUCUGACAGAGAUCGUUUGUUUACAUUCUCCAUCGACGAGUGCUCCGAUAAUGAUUGAUUCGUCAAGCCGGUGCGAUUACGUAUGCCUGCCUCGAGUUUGAUCAUUUUGUCGUGUACACUCGUAUACACCAAUCGGUGCGGCAUAACCUCAAAGUAACAUGUUAUCCUUACACGCGUUCGCGUUCUUCGCCGGCUCGAUCGGUCUCGUAACGUGCGGUAACCCGUACAAUGACUUUUUCGACGAGGAACUGAUGCUGAAGCCUUUGCCAAGCAAUCACGUUUACGCCUACUUUCAAUUCACCACGAUAUGGGAAACAGCGAAACGCGUGGAGACACUCCAACAUUCGCAUCUCUUCCCGAGGGGAUUGGGUGAGAUCAUAGGCCGUCACAACAUCGACGAGUUACACGUCACUUUAACAGAGGGACUGUGGAAUUAUGAAAAAUGGGGAUAUCCCUUCCACGAUGCUGGUCCUGGUGCUGAAGUCACCGCCUGGUUCAAUAAAAAUGUGACCAACGUAGAUGAGGGAUGGAAAGGCCUGACGAAUGCGUUGGCUGGAUUACUCUGUGCCUCUCUGAACUUUGUCGACGCGUCCAACAGUAUGUCGCCGGAGUUCACUUUUCGUCCCACCGGAGUCACAGAUGAGCCAGUAAAUUCUAGUCACUUGCGUUACUCGUCCUUACCGAGAGAGAUAGUUUGCACCGAGAAUCUAACACCGUUUAAGAAACUGUUACCUUGCGACUCUAAGAGGGGUCUAGCGACGUUGCUGAAUUCUGCGCAUAUCCAUAAUACUAAUUACCACUCCAUUGGGAUACAUUUCCGGUCGAUAUGUCGCGACGUGACUUGCACGAGAACGUCUCUGGAACUGCGGCAGACUGUCUCUUUGAUAUACGACACCGUGGCGGACCCGAAUCAGGACUGGUCGAUUCGGAAAUUCUUUGGGAUGGGUCUGAGAGGCGCCUGCCCGCUCGCUACGUUGAGUAACGUAUACGUUGAUAUAUCGAACAACAAUACGAAUUACGUGUACGAAUUGACGCCACCACCGAGCGCGAAAAUCGUGAGCCUGCGUGGAGGGCAGCAAAACAAAAUAGCGGUGUACGACAUUCGGGCGCACUCCAGCAGAGGAAUGUUUAACGUUGCCGCCGUGCACAGCACGGCAAAGAUGAACGCUAUAAACUACCCGUCGAUCCUGUACGCGAAUAGAUACAUUAUCGGAUACGGCCAAGAGAGAGGCAGUUUAGUGACAAAGUUGUACAACAAUCAUUGGCAGCCGUUAGACGUGAUUCUGUUGCAGAACAUUCCAUGGUAUUUGUUAGUCUACUUACAUUCCAUCACGAUUACCCGGAACGGCCGACAAGUUUCCCCGCUGGCGCAGCGUUAUCUACCUGGGAAGGAGAGAAAGAGCCCGUAUUACUUGGAAUUAAUAUUGCGCCUGCCGCCGCACUCGGUCACGAAGGUCUCCGUCGACAUGGACUACUUGUUUCUUAAGUGGCAGGAAUAUCCACCGGACGCUAAUCACGGCUUUUACAUGGAACCGGCGGUAGUGACGGCGUUGUUGCCCAUAGCCAGGAACUAUACCGCCCUGCCGCUCGAUGGAAGUACGAUUACCUCGAGUUUCAACGCUUCGAGGGACAACUAUCUGGUACAACUACGGACAGAAUCCUUGCUCAUCAGUCUUCCGACUCCCGAUUUCAGUAUGCCUUACAAUGUCAUUUGCCUGGCGUGCACGGCCGUCGCGCUGGCGUUCGGUCCGCUUCACAACAUUUCCACGAAAAGAUUGGUUCUGAAGCCCAUCGAGAAGGACUGGAAAGGUAAACUGUUCUCGUUCUUCGUAGGAAAGAUAUUCAAAACGAAGAAGAAACAGGAUUGAAGAAUGUAAAUGAAUAUAUGUAUUAUAAACUGCGUGAACUGUAUCUUCUCGUCCAGAUGAGUAACAUAUGUAUUUACAUACUUCCGCUAUACGGCUGUAGCAGUUUUAACAAACAAAUAUGAGGCUUUUUUUUUUUCUUCGUUACGCAACUUUUCGCAAUUACAAGGAAAGACGAAUUUUCUCUCUUGUUGUACAAUAACAUAUAUAUAUAUAUAUAUACCCGUGUAAGCCAAAUUGCCUUGAUUAAUUUGUCUGGUUCUCUCUUCUGUCAGAUUCCGGUAAAUUUCACUGUGCGGGACGUAUUAAAAAGUGCGCUCAUAUAUCCUGUUCUGUUACUUAACGUGUGUACAUACUUCGACUUAUAUCUACUUAAAUCGAGCCUUAAUCCUAUUAAUAGUUAUAAUAGCGGGCGUAUGUAACAAACUAAAUGUAUUCUGGACUAUACACAUAACGGAUCUGUAUGCAUAGAGUGUCUCACAACCCGCAAUCUAAGUGUGUAACAGAUUCUCUGGUGAUUUCUUGAAGUCGAUUUCUCCUUAGAGGUAUCAAAACAAUUACAAGUUUACUAAUUACAAGUCUUGAAAAGAGAUAGUAUCUCUUUCUCUCUUUCAGUGGCUCGAUAAUGUUACGAAAACAUGAUAACAAUAUUAUUGAUUAAUAUUAACAUUAUUUAUGUUUUUAGUUUUAUAUGUUCACGUUUUUAAGAUUUUUUUUGUAGUACUGUAAAACUUGCUUAAGGAAACCUGUAACGUUUAUAUAAUCGGAGAAUGUUGCAUUAAACGAUAACCUAUUUGAAUAUUUUCAAAUUUCCUAGAGAGCCUAUCAUGAAAGUUCAUUGUUAAAUAAUUGCGAAUUGUGGGAAAUCUUGUAUUCUCUAUGAUCUCCCAGCUAGAACUUCAAGAUUCGUUCGCACCUGAUAUUAUCCGGAUAUCCGAUUAUUCGGACAAUGGAUAAAUACAACGCUUAAAUCUCGGGUUGUCUGAGAAGGCUCGGGCUUUCUAA